CAAUGUUAUACCUAUAAACUAUACGUUUAUACAGAUUAUGCAACUUAAUUCAAUUGUCAUCAAAAUAUUGUUGUGGCAGCAGAUUAGUAGCUUUGAAUAAUCAAAUCAGUCUUCAUUCAUCAGUUGCUGCCAGAGACACACAAAUUUCGGUGAUCCAUUGUCACGAUUUUAAUUUAUACUUUAGCGUAAUAAAAUCAAAUAACAAACACUCCAAGACAAGGUUUCCGCUUAACCAUGCAUUUGGUAUUUUAAACAAGUGAUUUUGUUUGAUUGCAAAUCUAGCUUACAAUAAAUAAAUAAAAAGUCGAACUAUAACAAAGCUCUUAAUUAUUUUUGUUUUCAAAUUUUCAAUCAGUAGUGCAAAUAAAUCAGUUACUUCAUAUCGACUAAUGUUAUUUAAAAAAAAUUAAAGCAUUUCCAUUCUAACUCUACACAAUGAUGGAAAAAUCCAAAAAAUGGGAUACACUCACCUGGUCCGAGAAACUGACCUACGUCCGCAACAAUAUUACCGUCGAACCGAUAUUAGCUUGCUAUAUCAUUCCAAGUGUUUUAGCAUCUUUAGCUACACAAAAUUUAAACUUAGAGAAGGCUUGUCGUGUUAAUUUAGCUUAUUCGGACCAUGUUUGCGAUGCCUUAACUCGGAGAGACACAGCCAAUUUUACACAAGAAGAAAAAAUGGUGCAACAACUUGUCGCUGGAAUGGCUGGUUGGAAAACUGUAUUGCAAAGUGCCUUGCCCUGUAUGUUGAUUUUGUUUUAUGGAUCUUGGAGCGAUCGUCACGGCAGACGGAAACCAUGCAUUCUGAUACCGAUUCUUGGCGAAUUGACUACAGCGUUGGGGCUAAUGUUGUGUACGUAUUUUAAGAAUACUCCAAUGGAGGUUGCUGGUGUGACAGAGGCCUUAUUUCCCGGACUUACAGGAGGCUGGUUUACUAUGCUUAUGGGUGUUUUUAGCUAUGUGGCCGAUGUGACAACAGAAGAGGAUAGGACGCUUCGUAUUGGAAUUGUAAAUUUGUGUUUCUCUUUGGGUGUUCCCAUUGGUAUGGCCUUUAGUGGUGUCUUACUGAAGCAAAUUGGUUUCUACGGCGUAUUUUCAAUAUCUACCUUUCUUUAUCUGUGCGCAUUUUUGUAUGGACUAAUAUGCCUUCCAGAGCCAGCUGUUCUGAAAAAGCAAAAGGAGUUGAACGACCUCAAAUCAACAAACAAGUCGAGAAUAGCUGAUUUCUUUGACAAGGAUCAUAUUGUCGAAACGUUUCAAGUCGCCUUUAAGAAAGGUGCCAAUCAGCGGCGACUGAGAGUUAUUAUGUUGAUGAUCGUGGUAAUGGUUGUCAUCGGGCCAUUGCACGGAGAAAUGUCUGUGAUUUAUUUAUUUACUCGAUAUCAAUUCAAUUGGAGCGAAGUGGAGUUUAGCGUAUUUUCAACGUAUGGAAUGUUGACCGGUCUAGUUGGUACCGUAUUUUCCGUUGGCGUAUUUUCACAUUUAUUAAAAAUUGACGACGCCUUAAUUGGAGUGAUGUCAAGUAUGUCGAAAAUACUAUCAAGUUUUGUGUACGCAUUCGCCGUCACCGAAUGGCAGCUUUAUUUAGCACCACUCGUUGAAUUGUUGAAUGGAACCUCAUUUAUUGCAAUGCGAUCGAUAGCAACGAAAUUAGUCGAAAGCGAUGAAUUGGGUAAAGUAAAUUCAUUGUUUGGUGUCGCUGAAGCGUUAAUGCCUUUAGUCUAUGCACCGAUGUAUGCAUCACUGUAUCAAGCAACGAUUGAGACAUUACCCGGAGCCUUCUUUUUGGUGGGUGGUCUGUUGACCGUUCCGGCUGUUAUAAUUUUUCUGUGGAUGUAUAAGAUGAAUAAAAGAGAUUUGCGGGCCAAAGCGAAUGAGGCGAAUGCCGACGAUUCGAUCAAUUGUAAGAAAAUCGCAGCAAUUACUUCUGUCGAUGAGAAGGGCAUCGAUAAUCCAACAUUUAUUUCUGACAAUAGUACAAAACAAGAUAUUUAUAGACAAAAUAUAGAAAUAGGAAAGGAGUGAUUCUUAAAAUAGUAAAAUUUAAUUGUCUGUUUUUGUAA